AUGAGAAGUUUUCCUCCUCAUCAUGAGGUAAGGUUUGCUCAACAUCUUGUUCAACUUUGUGGAGCGAUACUAUUCAAUUUAGAUGGAUGUUUAAAGCACUGGCAAAAGAUUUGUGAUGCUCCUCGAGAAUACAAUACCAAGGAGGUAUCGUCUGCAAAAGGAUUUUUAAAGUUGUGGCAACCAACAGGAGUGCAAGUAUGGCUAACUGCUGUUAUGGUGGACACAUGCUGUAUCUUCAGAUAUAUUGAAAAAGAAGCCCAGAAGCCUGGCAUUAUCAUUCCUGAUAUAUUGAAGUACAGAGAUACUGCCUUGCAAAAACUUGAUAUAAUGCAAACAGAGCCAUAUCCAGGUAAAAUAUAUAUAGUUAGUAAGUUACUUUGUUUAUAGAAAACAAAUUGAACUCACUCUUAUUUGAGUUCUUUAACAAAGGUGUAUUAUUCAUUACAUUGUAUGUUAUUUUACUGCACAUAGGUGGCCAGGAGGAGUUAUUAACAAAGAAGAUUGCAGAACUGCAUCCAGAGAACGAUGAAGCAGUGGAUAAUACACCAAGAAGGACACACAACACCAAUGUGACAACGUUUCGUAGAGGAAAACAACCUAUCAGGCAAGAGGUUAUUGAUUCUUCAAGGAAUUUUCUCCAGGUAAAAUGAGAUAAAUAGGUAAUCUCAUAUCUCUUUAGCAAUCAGGUCACACCAUAUAAAGUUUUUAAUUACUAUUACCUAUAUUUUUUAUGUAUAUCAUUAUCAUGUUUAGACCAGGCUCAACGAGGAACAAACAGAAAUUGUAACAACCAUUAUCAACUUGACCUCAGCAAAACGUGCAAUUGAAUUCAUCAACAUUGCAUUACCUCAACUUGAAUCAAGUGGAAUCAGUGAUAAACAAGCAUUUAUUGAUGCAGUUUUAGAAAAUUUUACGGAAAUGCUUCCUGAUACACAUAUUCCUGCAAGAGACUAUGGUGUGAGACUCUACCAAAUGCUAAGGGGCAGCGGAACGUGA